AUGAAUACCUGCGAUUACUCGUCCAACGCGACAGAGGAUGAGCACCCGCAAGGCCAUCCUCAGCAGGCGGCACAUUCAUCACAGCCAAAUAGCUAUGGGUUUGUCGGCGGAAACGUACCCGAAAGGACGUAUCCGGCCGAGCAAUGGAACGAUCCACCUAUGCUGGGCGACGAUGAAAAUACAGGUUCACACAAGAUUUCUUCUCUAUCUUCAAAAUACGGCCGAGUUUCUGCUCAAAACUCAAGCUCCCAAUCCCCGCAGGCUUUGUAUGCAAAGCAUCAGCCGCCAGGAGCUUUUCAGCAGCAGGAAUACGCACAGAAUGUUGAUCCCAGAACCAGUUUUCAAUCAUAUUCUGCACAGCCUCCUUUGCAAUAUCCAAAUCACCAACCAAAUUUCUCAUCUGCCAGCAUUGAGACUCCAGUUUCACCAUCCUUUUCUCAACAUGCUAACACGGCUGCAUAUCAGCCUCAACAUGAUAGCACGGCUGCAUAUCAGCCUCAACAGCAAGCACAUCAACAAUCACAAUAUGCGACUCCUUAUUCUUCUGCCUAUGAAAAUUUCACUGCUCAACCUGCUUCAUCUGCAUAUCGUUCUCAGCAUCACAGCAUUGCGCAGCAAUAUUCUUCAAAUGCAUCCCCUUCCAUACUGAAGUUGGAAAAUGUUGAGGUUCCGGGCGAAUCGGUCCCCCUUAUUCCUUUGACAUCAUGUCCCUCUAUUCAACCCUCUGCAUCGCCAGUUUUUUGUAGAGCCACCAUCCAGGCUCUUCCGGCAUCACCAGCCAUUUCGAAAAGCAUAAAAAUCCCUUUGGCGGUCACUUUUACGCCAUAUCCACCCAUUACUGCCGAUCCACAGACCGCCUUUGUGCCCUUGGUCCAGGGCGUAAUUCUGAGAUGUCGGCGCUGUCGAACGUACAUAAAUCCAUUUGUGGAGUGGGUGGAUGGUAGUUUACGCUCGUAUCGCUGCAAUUUGCAUGCUUUUGAUGCGGUAUCAUUUUUAGUGCCUCUGGAAUAUGACUAUGACUCCACAUCUCAGAGGCCGAUUGAUCGAGCCGGGCGCUUUGAGCUUUCUUGUCCUGUGGUAGAAUAUGUUGCCCCUGAUGAAUACAUGGUACCGAGUUGGGUGCCCUUAUACGUUACCGUAGAUCAGACCCCCUCAGCCUAA